CAGGUUGCGUCAAACGUGCUCCUCCUCCUCUCCCAUUCUCCGUUGUAUGCUUCCCAUCCCCAUCACAGGAUCGCAGACAGGAUGGAGGCCCUGUUUAAUGAGUGGCUCUGGCAGGAGGAGUACUGGCUCCCCCCUGGUAUCCGCUGGCGGGACAUUGAGGUGAACGAGGACGAGGGCCGCUUCCCUCUACCCAGGGAUCUUAUCUACACCCUGCCACUGGCCUUUGCCUUUAUAGCGCUCAGAUACGUCUUUGAGAGGCUCAUUGCCGUCCCAUUAAGCAAACAAUUAGGAGUGAAGGACCGGAUUAGGAUCCGAGCCGCUCCUAUCCCGAAGCUGGAAACCUUCUACAAACAGUACAGGCGGCAACCAUCACCAAGUGAGGUGGCGACCUUGGGGAAGCAAUGCGGUCUCUCACAGAGAAAGAUCCAGUCCUGGUUCAGGCACAGAAGGAACCAGGACCGACCUAGUAACACUAAAAAGUUCCGCGAGGCCUCCUGGCGUUUUGUCUUCUACCUCGUAGCGUUCACUGCGGGGCUGGCCUCUUUAAUUAAUACUCCAUGGUUCUGGGAUCAAAGAGAGUGUUGGAGGGGUUAUCCAAAACAGCCUGUGUCUGAGGCUCAUCAUUGGUAUUACAUCCUCGAAAUGGGAUUCUAUUUAUCCCUGCUGCUGUCUGUGUCUGUGGAUGUCAAGCGAAAAGAUUUCAAUGAGCAGGUCAUUCAUCACAUCGCCACCUUAUUCCUCAUUGGUUUCUCCUACUGUGCCAACUAUGUGAGGGUUGGCACCCUGGUGAUGCUGGUACACGACUCCUCUGACUUCCUUCUGGAGUCUGCCAAGAUGUUCCACUAUGCUGGCUGGACGAAGACAUGUGACUCGCUGUUUGUCAUCUUCUCAUUGAUUUUCCUGGUGACAAGACUUGUGGUGUUACCCAGCAGAGUGAUCUACUCAACCCUGGUGGUCUCUCUUGACUUCUUCAAGCCGUUCUUUGGAUAUUAUUUCUUCAAUGCUCUGCUGUUAGUGCUGCAGGCACUGCACAUCUUCUGGGCCUAUCUCAUUCUCCGAAUGGUCUACAAGUUUGUGUUCCUCGGCAAGGUGGAGCGUGAUGAACGUAGCGAUGAGGACAGUGAGGUUGACGACAAAGAGGAAGAGGAGGAGCCUGAGGAAGAAGGUGACGAGUGCAGCUGGGAGCAAAGAAAGGGUACAAUAAACUCCAAGCUGGCAUCUCUGGCUAACAACUGUGUCCUGAAUAACUUGACCAACCAGCGGAAUAUAAACAGCAGACUGCCCAAAGCCAGAUAGUGGAGCAGCCUCCACCAACAUCUACCAAAACCUCCUUAAAAGAAGAAAGUUAUUUCCCCUUCCACCAAUUGGCAAUCAACUUCUUAGUGACAUAUGAUACAAACGUUCGGCUUUGUGUACAUGGAACAUGGUCCAUUGAAGAUUUCCGAUGAGGGUAAGUCUGCAUCCUGCUUAUCUUGAAAAAAAGAGUGAAAGAGAAGAACUGGUGAUUGUAAAUCUGCAUCCCCAGUAUUAGAUUAGGCAGAAACACCAUCAUUACUAACACCCACACACCAGAAUUCAAAAAAAUAUGGCGAAACAAGUAGACAGUCUACCCUUUUUUAUGUGUAGUAUAAAGAUUUUAUAUAUAUUGUCACUGUACUCUAACUGCUUUGUAAAUACAUGAAGGUGAAAGACAGUAGACGUGCUAUGAUGCAUUUACACGUUCCUUUAAUCAAUAUGAGAAAUUAUAUGAUUUUUAUACAGGAAUUAAAAUAUUCCAAUAUAAUAUGAAGUCAAAUAAUCUUUGAACAGAAUAAACUAGAGGUAGAAUUUCAGAGGCAUUCACUCCCUUGGCUUUGUAUCCACAAACAUACACAUUAUUAUUGAUUGUACAUAGACUUUGAUUGUAGCAAAUCUGUUGAUAAACCACUUUAUAUCUCUAUUUUUAAUUAAUCAUUUACUUAACAGGAAAGGUUUAUGUUAUUAUAAUCUCCCUGCAGAAGUUUCUUUGGUAUUUUAAACUUACAUUAUUUUCUGUAAUAGUAUUUAUUUUUGUCUUGGCUUAUAGAAAAUCUAUGGCGCCCCCUGGUGCGCAAAAAAGAGCACAUACUUACAGACAAGGCACUUACUAUGUGACUGAUGAUGCAUGUACAAAAAAAGUAAUGCUCAUUUAAAUGUGGACUUAAACCAUGUGUGAUUGUGCGUUCCUUUUUCUACUUUAAUAUCACUACGAUAGGCAGCAUGAUUCCUCAACAAGGUUUUUGUUACAAUUUGCUGGACUUUAUUUUUGUGCCUCGGCUGCUUUGUAUAUAUUGUAAUAGGACAAAAGUUAGAUUUUUUUAAGCACUGUGUGUAGGUAGGAUUACACACCUACACUGGACAAACACACAGGGCAGACCUUACUGUGAGUGGUUUCACUGGUUUCACUGUUUUUACUGCUUAAUAUGUAGGUGAGGCUGCUGGUGUCUGUAGGCCAUAAAAAAGGUUGUUCACAUAAGGGCCAAUAUAAAAUGUGAGAUAUUUUAUAGACAGGGAGUUGUCUACAAAAGUUUAAAUGCUUUAUCCACGUAAAGCUCUUACUGAAAUGUAAAGAUCAAGUUUAUUACAUGUUUUGAUAUGAUAUGACAGUGCUCUACUGCUUUAAUAGGAUGAAGAGGUUAUUUAGUUUUUCAUGUACGUAUUUUAUCACAAUGAAAGACGAGGCUCACUCUCUGUAAGCUGUUUCCAGGGUUGGUUUCACGGUUGGAUUAUGAUGAUUGUCAACAGAACAGCAAAGAUGUUGUUUUUUUUUAAAUCUAAGUAAUCUUUAUUGCUGUAAUUCACAACCACGAAUAAUAUUCAUUUUGAACAAGUCGGUAAUAGCAACUCAUAAAGUAAGUUCCUGUGUCCACUUACUUCAGCUUAUACAAAAUGAAUGUCCGGAACAGAAGGAAGGUUGGGUCUCAGUUGUAACACUGAGGCUCACAACACAGAGUGGGAUUUAAUUGGUGGAGAAAUAAAAGGGCUGAUCCACUUAAUAUCACACCCAUUACACCAACUAAAAUGAUGUUUGUUUUUUUAAAGACAUAAAAAAAGAAAUCAUGUUUUCAUGAAAGUAACACUUUGCUGUUCCCUUAAGAGUUCACAUGGCUGCUUGAUUGAUUGUGUGUAAACUUGAAAAGUUUUAAUAAAUGACUAUUGAAAUAAAUA